CAAAGGCACCAAUCCAUCUUCAGGACAACUCCAGCAGUUUCCUGUUGUGUCCUCUCUGCAUUCUUCUCAUCUCUGCAUCCAUCCACCAUGUCGGUCUCUAUCCACACGACGUCCUCCAGGUCCCAAGGUCCCAAGACCAUGACCUCAAAGUCCAUAAUCACCAAGAGUCGUGGCUGUUCAACAGUCUUUCCACAAAAGGCCUACAGCGUGUAUGGAGGUGGUUAUGGCGGAAGCACCCGCAUCUCUUCCUCUAGAAUUUCAAGCGGUGGAGGAUAUGGUGGAUACGGAGGAUACGCUGGAGGAUAUGGUGGAGGAUAUGGUGGAGGAUAUGGUGGAGGACAUGGUGGAGGACUCAGCGCUGGAUUCGUGAUUUCAGGGGACACUGACUACAUGCAGCUGAAUGAGAAGGCCACCAUGCAGAACCUGAACGACCGUCUGGCGUCCUACCUCGAGAAGGUGCGCUCCCUGGAGGCUGCCAAUGCCACUCUGGAGAGGCAGAUCCGUGAGUACUAUGAGAAGAAGGGGCCGAUUGCACAGAGGGACUACAGCGCCUACUGGAACACCAUCAAGGACUUGAAGGACAAGAUUAAAAAUGCUACCAUCAACAACGCCAACAUCCUCCUGCAGAUCGACAACUCUAAACUGGCAGCUGAUGACUUCAGAAUAAAAUAUGAGCACGAGUUAGUAAUGCGGCAGUCUGUGGAGGCUGACAUCGCCAACCUGCGUCGCUUGCUGGACCAGACGACCUUGAUAAAGGCCGACCUGGAGAUGCAGAUCGAGACUCUGCAGGAUGAGUUGGCAUUUAUGAAGAAGAACCACCAGGAGGACUUGGCUGCACUGAGGUCUCAGUUGACAGGCACAGUGAACGUAGAGGUUGAUGCUGCUCCUCAGCAAGACCUGAACAAGGUUCUGGACGAGAUUCGUUCUCAUUACGAAAACAUCAACAGAAACACCGCAGGAGAACAGGAAGACUGGUUUAAAAACCAGACAGCAGGUUUGAACAAAGAAGUGGCCCAGAGCACAAAGAUCAUACAAACAACCAAGACACAGAUCACAGAUCUGCGACGCACUUUGCAGGGCCUGGAGAUCGAGCUACAGUCUCAACUCAGCAUGAAAGCAGCACUGGAGAACUCACUGGCAGACACAGAGGCUAGGUACAGUGCUAUGCUAGCAGGCUACCAGAACCAAAUCAACAUGUUGGAAGCCGAGCUGUGUCAAAUGCGGGCUAGCAUUGAGCAACAGGGACGAGAAUACGCCUUGUUGCUGGACAUCAAGAGCCGUCUGGAGCAGGAGAUCGCCACCUACAGAAGCCUCCUGGAAAACCAGGACAUUAAGUAA